GAGGGGCGUGAGGAUGAGGGGGAGGGGGUCUUGAUAAAAGGGUAGGUACCCAGCAGCCUUCAUUCGUUUCAACGCAGAAAACCUUUGGAUCCACAGAAUCAUGCCGGAGGCUGCAGACGCAGAGGGCCAAGGGACGGAGUUGACCGGGCUCUUCGUCGAGCGCCCGCAAGAGAAUGUUGUCAUCAUCGCAGGCGCGGACGUGGUUAUCACGGCGAAGGUUGACUCCACCACCCUGACGAGGAAGCCCACCGUGAAAUGGCUGAAGGGGAAGUGGCUGGAUCUCGCCAGCAAGGCCGGGAAGCACCUGCAGUUUAAAGAGACGUACGACCGUGAAACCAAGAUCUACACCUAUGAGAUGAAGGUGAUCAAGGCGAAGGUGGGGGCAGCGGGGGCUGCGGGGGCCUACAGGUGUGAGGUCACCUCCAAGGACAAGUUUGACAGCGCCUCCUUCGAGAUCACUGUAGAGGCUGCACAGCAGUCAGAUGAUGUAGAUAUCCUCUCCAGUUUCAAGAGAGCCGAUGCCGGAGAAGAUGAUGGAAAUCUGGACUUCAGCGCCCUGCUGAAGGCAGCUAAGAAGAAGAAGAGACCCGAGGAUGAUAAGCCCGUGAUCGACGUGUGGGAGCUGUUGAAGAGCGCCCACCCCAGCGAGUACGAGAAGAUCGCCUUUGAGUACGGCAUCACCGACCUGCGAGGCAUGCUCAAACGCCUGAAGAAGAUGAAGGCGGAGCCCAAACCCAGCGAAGCCUUCCUGAAGCGCAUGGAGUCCUGCUACUCUGUGGAGAAGGGCAAGAAGAUCGUGCUGACCUGUGAGGUGUUCGACCCCAACGUCCAGGUGAAAUGGUUGAAGAACGGGCAGGAGAUCAAGGGCUCUGCCAAGUACAUCAUGGAGACCAUCGGGAACAUCCGGAAACUGACCAUCAUGAAGACGACGCUGGCUGAUGACGCAGCCUAUGAGUGUGUGGUCGGGGAGGACAAGUGCUUCACGGAGGUGUUCGUCAAAGAGCCCCCAGUGACCAUCACCAAGCUGAUGGAUGACUACCACGUUGUGGUGGGGGAGAGGGUGGAGUUUGAAGUGGAGGUGUCAGAGGAAGGUGCCAACGCCAUGUGGUUCUUCGAGGACAUUGAGAUCUUCAAGGACACCAACCCGGCCAAGUACCGCAUCAAGAAGGACGGGAGGAAACACAUGCUGAUCAUCCUGGAGGCCGGCCUGGAGGACAUCGGCAUGUACCACUGCUGGACAAACGGGGGUCACACCAAGGGAGAGCUGGAGGUGGAAGAGAAGGAACUGCUGGUGUUGCAGGACAUUGCUGAUCUCACGGUGAAGGCUACCGAUCAGGCCAUAUUUAAGUGUGAGGUCUCGGACGAAAAGGUGACCGGGAAGUGGUUCAAGGACGGCGUAGAGGUCCUGCCGGACGAACGCCACAAGAUGACCCACAUUGGACGGUUCCAUAAAUUGCUUAUCGACAACGUGAAGCCACAAGACGCUGGAGACUACACCUUCAUCCCCAACGGGUACGCUUUGUCGCUGUCUGCAAAACUCAACUUCCUCGAAAUCAAGAUCGACUACGUGCCCCGACAGGACCCCCCAAAGAUUCACCUGGACACCACCGGGAACAUGGUCUCCCAGAACACCAUCAUCGUGGUGGCAGGAAACAAGCUUCGUCUGGACGUGGAGAUUACUGGAGAGCCAGCGCCGACUGUGGUCUGGUCUAAAGGAGAAGAGGUCAUCACGGCCACGGAGGGCCGGGUCCGCGUUGACAACCGGAAGACCCUGAGCAGCUUCGUGAUCGAGGGGGCGGAGAGAGAGGACGAGGCCAACUACACCAUCUGUGUGACCAACCCUGCCGGAGAGGACAAAGCCAAGCUGUUCGUGAAGAUCGUAGACGUACCUGACCCUCCUCAAAACGUGAAGUGCCUGUCGGUGGGCGAGGACAGCUCCAGCAUGGUCUGGGAGCCCCCUGCGUUUGACGGCGGCGCGCCACUCAAAGGAUACCUGAUGGAGAGGAAGAAGAAGGGCUCGUCCAGGUGGACGAAGCUGAACUUCGACGUGUACGAGGCCACGACCUACGAGGCUAAGAGGAUGAUUGAGGGAGUGUACUACGAGAUGAGGGUGUUUGCGAUCAACAGCAUCGGCAUGUCCCAGCCCAGCAUCACCUCCAAACCCUUCAUGCCCUUGGCUCCGACCAGCGAGCCCACGCGCCUCCUGGUGCACGACGUCACCGACGGAACGUGCACGCUCAAGUGGAUGGCGCCCGAGAGGAUCGGCGCAGGCGGCCUGGAUGGCUACAUCAUCGAGUACUGCAAAGAGGGAGAGACUGAGUGGGUGGUAGCCAACAAGGAACUCUGCGAGCGCCAGGGCUACGUGGUGCGAGGACUUCCUGUUGGGGAGAAGAUCAAUUUCCGGGUCUUCGCCAAGAACCUGGCGGGCGUCAGCCCCCCCGCGACCCUCGCCCAGCCCGUCACCGUCCGGGAGAUCGUCGAUCUCCCUAAGAUCCGGCUCCCUCGCGAUCUCAGAACCAAAUACAUCAGGAAGGUCGGGGACAAGAUUAACCUGGUCAUCCCCUUCCAGGGUAAGCCCCGCCCCGUGGUCAAAUGGUACAAGGACGGCGCGCCGGUGGACGAGAAGAUAGUGGGCGUGAGGAACUCCACCGUGGACUCGAUCCUGUUCAUCCGCUCGGCAGAGAGGGACCACUCGGGGAAGUACGAGCUGGUGGUCCAGAUCGAGAACAUGGAGGACCGCGCCACCAUCGACCUCAGGGUCGUCGAGAGACCCGGCCCCCCCACCAAGGUGAAGGUGACGGAGGUGUGGGGCUUCAACGCAGCCCUGGAGUGGGAAGCCCCCAAGGACGACGGUAACUGUGAGAUCACGGGUUACACCAUCCAGAAGGCGGACAAGAAGACCAUGGAGUGGUACACUAUCUAUGAACACAACCGGCGUCCAAGCUGCACCUCCUCGGACCUCAUCAUGGGGAACGAGUACAUGUUCCGCGUGUACAGCGAGAACCUGGUGGGUCCGAGCGAAGAGCCGGGCCAGAGCAAGAACACAGCCGUCAUCGGAAAGACGGGUCUGGCCUACAACCCCCCAGAGUUCAAGGAGAAGGACGUGUCGUGCAUCCCGACGUUCACCCAGCCGCUCCUGGACCGCUCGGUGGUGGCGGGCUACAGCACGGCCAUGAGCUGCUCCGUCAAAGGGUUCCCCAAGCCUAAGAUCGUGUGGAUGAAGAACAAGAUGAUCCUGGGGGGCGACCCGAAGUACAUCAUGCUGAACAACCAGGGGGUUCUGACCCUGAACAUCCGCAAGCCCAGCACCUUCGACGGGGGGCGCUACUCCUGCAUGGCCGUCAACGACCUGGGCCAGGCGCUGGUCGAGUGCAAGCUGGAGAUCCGAAUUCCAACAGACCCUACUGCAGAGGUCAAGUAGUCGGAAGCAACGGGGCGUGACAGGAAGUGACCGGAGGUUACAGGAAGUGUGCGGAAGUUACAGGUUGUAGCUUAUUCAGGAGGCAAAAGAAUCACAUAACAGAAAGAAUCAUUUCAUUUAAUUUCCUUCUGUCAGGGAAUCUAAAUAAAAUAUAUCAACCAUCAAA